UACAGAAUGUGUGGUGAGGCGCACAUGUUAUUUCAUUCAGCGGCUCAUGCAAGAUGGAUCUGCAAGUCUCAGUUUUACUUCUUUUUGUCACUUUUACUUCAGGACACUCUCUCAGCUGUUACCAGUGUGACGAUCUGAUGGGUUUAUGUAGAUUUCAAACAGAAAGAACAUGUCCCAGUGGAUUGUCCAAGUGUGAAAGUGUAACAGUGGUAAGACAACUUGGCACCACAAGUUUUACAGUAAAGGCUAAAGCUUGUUCUGCUGAUUGUGCAAGUGGGACCAUGAACUUUGGCAUUUCACAGAUGUCUUCUACAUGCUGUAACAGUGACCAGUGCAACAAAAAAGAUGCUCCAGUUCCUAGCACUGGCACUCCUAAUGGAAAGAUGUGUUACUACUGUGAUGAGAACAACUGCUUCAAUGCUCUGAGCUACUCAGGGAGAGAAGAUCACUGCAUUACAGCAACAGGGACUUUUGCAGGCGAGUCAGUGAUUGUAAAAGGAUGUGCCUCGAAAUCUAUCUGUGAUGGCAAAAAAAUGGGUGCAUUUAAGAACUUCUCCUGUUGUUCAGGGAAUCUGUGUAACGGAGCUAAAAGUGUCACUCAGAGCUUCCUGUUUCUCUGUUUUCCUCUGAUCGCCUUCAUCUUGAUGCUCUGAAUAUUGGAUUCAGUUUCUACAGUCUGACAUGUUUUAUACACAACAGUAUAGCUUGCAUUCUCUUUGGAGCACUUACUGUAUGUGAUGUUUUUGCUGUGAUGGUCUGAUGUAACAUGUUGUAUAAUGACUCCAGUAAUGAAUUGAAGACUAUUAGUUUAAUAUGGAAUGACUAUUCAGCAUUCACAAGUUUAGUUUUUACUUUAAUUUUGACUGACCUGACAUAAGCAGAUGAUAAUGUUAUAAACAGCAGAGAGUUGUAUGAAAACAAUUGACGCAUGUCUAAAAGCAUUUACAAUUUGUUGGAAGGAAUGAGAAACUGCUACUAUGAUGUGCGCAAAUGACUAAUUGUUUUGAGAAAUGCAUGAACUGUUGUGCAAAUGUAAAGAGUGUUGUGAGAAAUGCACCAAAGCGACUGAGGAAAACUGUAAGAAAUAUUUAUCUCAGCUCAAGCAUCUGAUAAUACCGUAUACUGUGCUUUAUAAAAUUCAAGAACACACAAAAUAUCUACUUUAUAAGCAAUAAUAAACAGCUACCGACCUAA